AUGAUGCAUGGUGAUCCUGAUAGUCCUAUCUACGUCAUGGGCCCGACACACAGCCGACCAGGUGAACAGCGAUGGGUCGCUGAAAAACAAUCAGACGAUACAGUGCUCUUUUACAACCCAAUGUAUAAAAAAUACGCUGGGGUGACAACCGCAUUGCACCCUAACGUCACCGUAGUGGUCACAGAGUCAAGCGCGGCGAGCAGGUUUGUGAUGGAAGAGAUCACGGAAAACUCGUACAAAAUCUACGUGCACAACGGGAUAAUCAAGCUAUACCUUUAUCUGUCCCCAGAUUGGGAACACUCACCCAAGACUGCACUUGUGUCCGAAAACGAGAGCGAUGACGCAGUGUGGCAAGUUCAGCCAAUUUUGUAA